AUGACGUCUCCCCUGGUUUUUCACCUCACAUGCGUGACCCUGCUCAUAUUCUGGUGUAGCGGCUGUUAUGCCUCUCCCCUUCUCUACAACAUAUCCAUGGAUGGCAGCGGUGAUGAAAGAGAGCUGGAGCUCCUCUUCCCUACCUCUUUCUCCACCCGAGCACCGGUUCAAGUUACUUCCCCCACCGACACUCCUUCCCUCACCAACACCAUCACCACCACCAUGAUCCGCCUCAAGGACUUUGUCCUCAGCCGCGUGGUGGACUUCUUGCAGGAGAAUUUGCUCAUCAUCAUUGUUGUGACGUCUCUCCUCAUUGUCAUGGUCUUUAUCAUCUGCUGUGCCUCUGCCAUGAGUCACAAGCGCAAGUUGGAGGCCUACAAGCCCCCCGCUCAUCCCCCCAGGAAGUACACAGCGGACAAGUCCGGAGGAGCCAAGAGCUCAAGCGAGCUCCACGACAGGCCGUACGCCGUCGACCACGUUAAGCGGGUCCAGACUCAGAGCAUGGCGUCCCCCAAAAACCUGCGGAUGCCCUCGAAGGCGCUAGUGGGCGACAAGGGUCGAGACGUCAGAUCAUCGCCCCGUCAGGAGGUCAGGAAAGUCAGAGAAGAGGAAGAGGUGGAGAGGAGGCGAGAGGAGCCCAGGCACAAGGAGCAGUCGAAGAAGAGAGAGGAGGUGCAACACAGCCCUGGCCCGAGCACCGGCUCCGGUCACCCUGUGGUCUGCACCUGCCACCUAAAAAAGGCAAGCCACUAG